CAUAUUCUACAUAAAAUAAUUGUACACGAUCAGAAUAUUUUACACAAAUAUAUUGCACACAAAAAAAUUGUACGUGGAAAAACUGUGCACAAGAAUUAGCCUUGAAUUAAAAAUUUUACACAGAUAUAUUGUGCAUAGAAAAACUGUGUAGUGGACAGUUUUUCUAAACACAAUAUAUCCGUGUGCAAUUUUUAAUUCAAGGCUAAUUCUUGUGCACAGUUUUUUCACGUACAAUUUUUUUAUGUACAAUAUAUUUGUGUAGAAUAUUCUGAUCGUGUACAAUUAUUUCGUGUAGAAUAUGAUCAGUGCUUUAAUUUAACUUGAAAUACUUUAAUCUCAACGUAACUUUUAACCGUAAAUUCAUUUUUUGUAUUUAUGUAACUUUGAACAAAAGUACACUCAGUAAAUUAAAAGUAAAUGUAAAAUGCAAGUAAAAGUUCUUAAAAAAAAACAAAAAACAUUUUAUUCUCGGAUCAAUUCAAUGUCUCAAAGGAAAGAGAGAAGUCUAGAAAAAAAUUUAGAAAAGGAAAUAGCUGUGGAUUAUCUCUUCAAUAAAAUCGUGCAUCGAGUUGGAAAGCGUACAAAAAAAAAACGUUGCGCUUCGCGUCGCAUUUUUCCAGGAAUCGGUCUCAAGACUCCUUACCCCACUCCACUUUCUCCAAGGGCCUCCGCUCGACCGGAGGACAUUAGUUUACUAUGUGCAACUCGCGCGAACGUGCGUCGAUGACGAUGAGCACCAACGGUGAUAACGAUGAUAUGGAUCUCGCAGGUGAAUGUCAGCGUACCAUGCGACUCCUGGAGAUGCUGCGUCGCACGCGCUACGAGCUUGUGCAGGAGAACGGGCAGCGACGGCUGACGGCACCAGAAGUAGCACGCGGACAACAGCAGCGCGGCAAGGGCGCGGAGGUGUUUCUGGGUCGUUUGCCGCGCGACUGCUACGAGGACGAGCUGAUGCCGUUGCUAGAGCAAGUGGGCCGGCUACUGGAGUUACGACUGAUGCUCGACUUUUCUGGAUCGACGCGCGGCUACGCGUUCGCGUUGUACAAGGACCCACGGACCGCCCGGGAGGCAUGCGAGCGUCUCGACGGCCACGAGAUCCGACCGGGUCACCGGAUCGGCGUGGUCAAGUCCAUGGACAACUGUCGGCUCUUCUUCGGCGGCGUCCCUAAAACCAAGACCAAGCCCGAGUUCCUCGCGGAGCUGACCAAGAUACUCGACGGCAUCACGGACAUCUACGUGUACCCGAGCGCCCACGAUCGCAAUCUAAAUCGCGGGUUUAUCUUCGUCGAGUUCCGGGAUCAUCGGGCGGCCGCGAUGGCCCGGCGCAAGCUCAUCCCCGGCAAGGUGAUGCUGUGGGACCACGAGAUCGCGGUGGACUGGGCAGAUCCGGAGCCGGGCGAUCCGAUCGACGAGGACGUCAUGGAGACGGUGACGGCUCUGUUCGUAAGGAACCUUUCGCUCGAUAUGCCGCAGCAGAAGGUGAAGGAGAUUCUCUGCAGGCACACAAACGUGCCGAUAUUGAAGCUGAAGAAGAUCAAUCACUUCGCUUUCAUUCACUAUGAGUCUCGCGAAGCCGCGCAGACUGUAAUGGACAUAAUGCAAAAACCAGAUGGUAUUAUCGAAAAACAAGGUUGGGAGGUCCGUUGGGCGAAACCCAUCGGAGCGUCCAAGGUUCUGGAAAGAGAACGGUACAUUCGCGAGGCGGUAUCUAAUAUGACAAAAACCGAAAUUCAACGUCCUAAACGAGGAAAGAAACGCUUCAAAGAAACACUCAAAGCGUUCACAGAAGUGCACGAGGACGACGACGUUUAUCUGAUACAGAUGAAAACUCUGCAGAGCUUCGUCAAGGAAAGAUUUAACGCGACAUGCAUCUUUGAUUGCAUACCAGUAUUGGAUACAAACAAAUAUGCUGGCAGAAUAAUUAUUCGCAAAGAUGAGAUAAUAAUCUUUGAAUUUCAAGGCGAACUAAUGACAUCGAAACAUGAGGCCAUGAGUGUGGCAUCCAUCAAAAUGUACCAAUAUUUGAGCGGCAUGCUCGCGAAUACCGGUAUGUAUAACAUUUUAGCUUGUGUUAUAUUAAAAGCUUUUGAUUAUUUUGUUCUCUAUUUGUGCGUCGAAUCAAAGGCGAUUUUGACAAAAUGCUUCUACGCGGAUUAAUUUAACUCCAACAACGAAAAACAUGCGUAAUAUUUACAAAAUUCCGAUUUUCAAUAAUAAUCGACAAGUACCGUUUAUCACAAAAUCUCGUUCACGCUUUGUUUGUUUCGAAAAAUAUUUUUACGGUACACAAUGCGUUUUAAUGGUAUUUUGCGUGUAUUUUUGUAGUGCCGCAGCUGUAUGGACAGCAUUAUAUUCUACCUGGAAUGAACGCUAAUCCUAUGAUUGGUGCACCGAUUGUUUGGCAUCCAGGAAUAAUUCAAAAUUAGAUGAGUUAUUGAUAUAUUAUUUUCCGUAUUUCCGUCUUUUCGUUUUAAUUAUUGCACACGCAAAAUCUACUGACAUAAUCAUACAGAAAGGAAAAGUUUGAUAAUUAUCUCUUUCAUCUAUAUUUUAAUUCAAAUCUUUUAACAGUUAUUAAAUAUUGAUGUUGAUUAUUGAAGAAUUGUAGUUUAUUUUAAUUCUGAUUUUAAGUUACAAUUCUGUGAGACAGUGUAUUUUUGAAUAUCAAUCAUUCAAGAUAUAUUGAACUGUAUUUGAAUCCUGAAAAUAAUUUAACUUUAAAUUAUUAAAGCUUGCAAAAUUACUAUGUGUGUAAUGAAAUCUUUAUGAAAAAUAUUAUUCACGAUAUAUAUGGCCAUUUAUUUUAAUGAUGAUAACAAAUUAAUGAAAUUUCUCAAUUAAAAAAUUGAUUUUAAAUCUCAGUUCUUAACUACCAUGUUUUUGAAAAAAGCCUAUACAAGCAUAUUAAAAGAUGAAUUAUUAAAACUUAUGCAAAAUUACAAUGUAUUUGAUGAAAUUAUAAUCUAUAAUAAAAUUUAUUUUAAAAAAUUUAUACCAAUAUUUACAACAAUGGCCAUUUAAAAGAAUUUUUUGUGCUAUGUGAUGGACUUAUUUUUUCAAAUAUAUUUAUUUAUGAUGAAUUUAUAAUUUAAAAAGUAUCAUACUCGCAAGUUUUAUACACUGCUACAGAUUUCGUAACUGUUACUUAUGCUUUUAUGUAAUUGAAAUUUUAAUAUUAAAUGUUAAUAGAAUUAUUUCAAAACUAAAAUUCUUAAUAUAUAAGUUUAUCAUACGCUAUUAAAAAAUAUUCUUUUAAAUACUUUUUUUAUGUGUAUGUAAACAUAAAAAAGAAUUUUAUGUUUAUUUUAAAUAGGAUACCGGCUGUGUCUGCGCAGAAUAAUUAUUUUAGUUAGAAGACACGCAUAGCGUGUCACGUUGUCGAAUCUGUGAUUAUAUGCUAAGUUUAGUUUAUAAUAUUUCCAUGCAUAAUUUAUAUUGUACAACGAAAAAAGCUUAAUUUAAUAAACGCAUUUUUUGUACGAAUUUAUAAUUUACUUUUUCUCUU